ACAUGAUAGAAUUGAUAGUGAAACGAGUAUAUAUGAUGAAAUCGAUAGUGGGAUGGGUAAAAACAAUGAAAUGGAUGGUAAAACGGAUAGAUAUGACGAAAUCAGUGAAAUUGACGGUGAACCAGGUAGAUAUGACGAAGUUGAUAUUGGAACGGAUAAAAAUAAUGAAAUGGAUAGUGAAACAGGUAUAUAUGGCGAAGUCGAUAUUGAAACGGAUAAAAAUAAUGAAAUGGAUAAUGAAACGGGCGAAAUUGAUGGUGAAGUGGGUAGAUAUGGCGAAAUCAAUAGAACGGAUAAAAAUAAUGAAACAAGUAGAUAUGGUGAAAUUAAUAGAGGAACAGGUAAAAAUAAUGAAAUGGAUGGUAAAACGGACGAUAAAACAGGUAGAUAUGGCAAAAUCGGUAAAAUGGAUGAAAUUGAUGGUGAAACAGAUAAAAUUGAUGGUGAAACGGAUGAAAUUGAUGAUGAAAUGGGUAGAUAUGGUGAAAUUAAUAGAGGAAUGGGUAAAAAUAAUGAAAUGGAUGACAAAACAGACGAUGAAAUGGGUAGAUAUGGAAAAAUCGGUGAAAUGGACGAAAUUAAUGGUGAAAUUGAUUGUGCAAUGGGUAAAUAUGAUGAAAUGGAUAGUGAAACGGACAGAUAUGACAAAAUCGAUGGUAAAACAUGUAGAUAUGAUGAAAUAAAUAGUGAAACGGGUAGACAAAAAAUAGAUGAAUUUAGUAAUGGGAGUGGUUACGACGAAACAGAUGAAUUUAAUAAUGGGAGUAGUUAUAGUGAAACAGAUGAUAAAAUUG